GAAGUUUUAAUCGUCACUUAAAGCUCUCAAUUUAUCACUGGCGGCAAAUGCUGUCAGUCGUGUUACUGACAGAGACAGACUCACUUUGUUCGUUUUUCAGAAAACGUCUGCCAGAUGUGCAAGUGUGAAUAGCCGCAGUUUGUUAGACUCUCGUACAGUUUUCAUGUUUCCAUUCACCAUCAGGAUGAGCAAUCGUGGGGUCUUCUUCCGCUGAAGCACCUGCGGGCAGGUGAGGCUUUGUAACGGCGUGACCACCAUAUUCACUGCCACCGUUCUGAGGACUCUGCAUGUGUUUCUGGUCCAGCAGUACUUUCAGCUCGGACGUAAACCUGAACUUGGCAGCGUUAGUGCCUGUGGUGCUCACCAAGACGUUCAGGUCUCCCUUGGCAGAUGUGCGUGAAGACUGCUCCGUCCCGCUCACUGGGGGCCGGCUUGGCCACUCACUGGCUUUGGCUAAUGAGCGUGAGCUGAAGCGACACCUGGUGCUGCUGUAGAAGCCUGUGCGCGCCGCCCACGGUCCUCCACGCCCCCUCCCGAGGUGUGGCACUGGGGCCGCAGCCCUGGAGGUUGCCCCAGACCCACAGUGGCGUCUGGUGGCGUUUGUUACAGCGGCGUGCCCGAGCCCAUCCUGACUAACACAACGCGGGCAGUGCCUGUGCCAUGGCCAGAGUCUAGGCUUUGAAGUGUGCUGAUCUGACCUUGGGUACCCACCUUCCACUUGAGCGCCACGUCCUUAACCUCCGCGCCUGCUUCCUUGUCUGCGGAUAAUUUGGUCUGCCUUUCGUUGGCCACGAGGAGUCAAUGAGAUCAUGUAUGUAAAGCGGCUGGCCCGGUGCCAGGCAUAUGCCGCCAAUACAUGUCGUCCCUGCCCAGCUGGACUUUUUGAUGGCCCGUUGGCAUGGGGUCGCCUGCAUCAAGGUGCUUGGCAGAAUGGACAAGACCUGCGAACUGAAAUACAAAACGCUGGACAGCCCUUUGGGGAAGCUGGAGCUCUCUGGUUGCGAGCGAGGUCUGCAUGGGAUCAGGCUUCCCGGGGAGAAGACGCCCGGAGCUGACGCCACGGAGGCCCCGGCCCCUCCCGAGGCUCCCGGCGGUCCGGAGGGAACCACGGAGCCCCUGGAGCAGUGCGCAGCCUGGCUGGACGCCUACUUCCAUGCGCCCGCGGCCGCCGGCCAGCUCCCCACGCCGGCGCUACACCAUCCCGUUUUCCAGCAAGACUCCUUCACCAGACAGGUGUUACGGAAACUGCUGAAGGUUGUGAAAUUCGGAGAAACGGUUUCUUACCAGCAGUUAGCAGCCCUGGCAGGCAACCCCAAAGCAGCCCGGGCCGUGGGAGGAGCCAUGAGGAGUAAUCCUGUCCCCAUCCUGGUCCCCUGCCACCGCGUGGUCUGCAGCAGCGGAGCCCUGGGCAACUACUCUGGAGGAGGCGUGGCCGUGAAGGAGUGGCUUCUGGCUCAUGAAGGCGGCCGAUCUGGCCAGGCAGGGAAGCCAACCCGGGGAGGCAGCUCGGGCACGGCCAGGGCUUGGCUCGGGGCCUCGGGGGACAGCGCCGGCGCCCAGGGCACUGGCCGGAGUUGAGCGCAGGGGGAGUGAGCACUCCAGUGGCGGGUAAACCCCACCUGCAUGGGAAUGGGGGGGGAGGGGGGACCAUAGUGAAAGAGGCAGGUGUGACCAGGUGGGACCCAGUGUGCUGGCCCUCUCGUUUCUGUGUCUUACAACAGAAUAAACUAAGAGGCCCAGAUGCCAUGUGUGUCAUUUGUUCCCUUCUUUGGCGCUGCUCUUUCAUUUCCAAUGUCUUUUAAAACAGGGGCAAGAGUAGGGAAGACGGGGGUGGCGUCUGGUGCCCCAGUGACAACAGCUGGCUGCCGCAGGCGUCCCCAGAACUGGCUCCUGGCUGUCCCGGGCUGCACCUGUGUCUGUCCACACCGGGAAGGUCCUCACCCCAGCAGGGUCCUGCGAUGCCCUUGCUUCCUGGCUGUUCCUGCUGCCCAAGUCAUAGUGGUCACUGUACCACACUCCGGGCCUGCUGAAGGACAGAGGACAGGCCGUGGAAGUAGAUGGUUAGUAGAGGUUUUGUGGCUCCAUUUUCCCAGCUGCCGGAAAUCUAACGCAGGGUGCGUCCAUUUACGGUCUGUAUGAACCGAGUGGAAAUUGACCCUUUGCCCUGACGAUCUGGAAAGAGAAAUAGCUCUCUGGCGUGGGUUGGUUGCACCAGCCACCCGCCUGGGUGCUCCCGUAUCACCUUGGGUCUCAGCCCCUCUUGCCGCUCCUUGCCGUGGUGCCCUGGGCAGAGGGAGGCCUCUCCUGCCUCUCCUCCUAGAAGCCUUUGGGGUGACAAAGGGACCUCAGGACCCGUGGCCCGUGAGGGCCCCGACCUCCCAGGGUCCAUCCUGGAAGUCAGGGGUCGCUGCCGACAGCUCCCGUUGCUGACGGCAGAGGGGAGGGUUUCCGGCGUUUGCCGAACGCCACGGUCCGAGACUUUGCUACCCGUGCUGUCGUUCCAGCUGUAUAAUCAACUCGAUCCAAAAAGCGGAAGGGAGACCUGCAGCUGUGCGUACGGAUAAAUAAAACGGAGCACUUGAUAGAUGGAGAAAGCGAGCCGUACCCAGCCCUGCCGCGGAUAGCGCGUUUUAUCCAGGGCUCCUCGUGAGUGUGAGCCACAGCAGGGAAGCUGGCAUGGCUCGCGCAGGUCACCGAGACCUGGAGAAAGAUACAGCCUUGUUGUCACCUGUGCGGUUUGGAUGCACAUUUCCCGUGACCCCCCGCAGAAGGGCAGGUGCCUGACGAAAACAGACCUCAAGCUCGUCUCGGUGCGUUAUAUUGAGUGCAUCCUUUUCUUACACCAGCCGAAUUCUGGAUCUUUUCCCCAGAACGUAAAGCGAUACGCCUGUCCCUCCUCCGUUAUCUUCGUUCUGGGUACCUUGGAAGCCCGGUGAGUCACGCACGGUGGCCCCCACGGGGGUCUGCUGUUCAGGACAGAGCCCGGCCGCCCCACUCCCUGUGAGCCCCUCUGUGCUGGGCGCACACUAAGCCACUGCGCUCCGGCCACGGGGCUGGUUCUGGUCAUUUCUGGUUUUCUGGCUCUGAGGGCCGAGGGGACCGUUUCUGCGUGUUUGAUGUCACUGGGAGCCGGGUGGUGGGAAGAGCUGGAUGCACGCUGCCUCGGGCCAUGCCCUGCGUUCUUCCGUGCAGGAGGUUGGUGGUCACCGGUGACAUUACGCUGUGGCUCUGCCGCAGCAGACCGGAAAGGCAGGGGUGGGGUUCGCAAUGGCAGCAGCUCCGGGCUUGCUGGGCUGCGCUGUGUGCGGGCGCUUUCCAACAGAGGGCACUAGCGCCGUGCCCUGCGCUGUUUGCGAGACCCCCGCCACCUCCCCUGCUUCAGCAUGGACUUGAACGUGAGCGGCCAGGGGGACUCUGACAGCUCGGGGCUGUGCACGCCGCCCCUGCACCCGCACGUGGCCCGUGCACGUGGUCUGCACGCAGGCCGUCCUCCCUACUGGGCCCAUGAAGGACGACAGCCUCCCAGGGUCAUCUCCGAGUUCCCCAGCGGGGCCAGGCUGUGAGAGAGCACCCGCACAACUGCAUCCAGCGACGGCUGAGCCCCCAGCACGGGUCAGCGGCCAGGGGACCCGCCCCAUCAAAGGCAGCCAUGGUGACCCAGUCUCACGCAGCCUGGGACCGUGCUCGGGCCUGUCUGGGCCGUGCCCUUGGUGCAGAACCAAAGCCGCGCUCUGCUGUCUCCGAGGGUUCCCUCGGCCGUCGUAGCAGGGCUGCUCGAUGCCCCGGGGUUCUCUCUGACGGAGGCAGCAGCAGGGCUCAGACCAGCGUGGCCGUGUACCGCUGCAAGGACAAGCUCUACAGAGCCGACAUGAAAAGCCGGCACGCGGGUCGCCUGGAGCCGCUCCGCUCCGAGUCGCAGCGCAGCUUAGGAAAAUAAAGGGAACGGGAAGGCACAAAGAAAUACAAAAAUGUUUUCCAAAUAAAAAGAAAUGUCGAGACAAGAAAGGCUGUGUUCUCCGGCCUUGGCCCCGGGUCCGCCUCACCUGUCGGGUUUCCGUGUCCAGCACCGCGGUGCUUUGAGGCUGACGCGGAGACCCGCGGUGCCGCGGCCACUGGCUCCUUGCAGCCGCUCGUCCCAGCCCUGCUGCUCCCGUUUCCAGAGGCUGAGAGAAGGAAAGAUCCAGACAUACUUGUUUUUGCAGAACCGUACUUAAAACCAAGCAGUGCCGUUGGCCGUGUGGGAGACUGAGUUUUAGGAGGGGUGGGCGUAUUUUUCUCCCAGUCUGUCGUCCCCGUUAGGUGCGAAAGUGUUGGGUAAACCCACCCACGCUCAGUUCGUCCUGUGGCCACGAGGACUGGUGAAACUUCUUCAGGCCCAAGGAAGAGAAACGACCGUGGAAACGUGGGCGUCGCGGUGCUGGCAGUGCUGAGUCUGGAAGUCCGCAAGGGCUCUUGCACGUGGAGUCGUAGCCCUGGGUGGGAUCGUUAACUUACAGCUCUGGGUGCAGAGGUUCCAGGCAGCGGGUAUUUCGGAGGAAGUGGGCCAGCUCUGUGUGCGGUAGGGAUCUUUAAUCCACACACACACACACACACACACGUCUCACCCAGUACAAACCGCUUGCUGGCCAGCCCGCGGGUGGGGCGGCUUGAUGAUCUGCUAGCAAUCAAAAUCGUCCUUGUGACUUGUGUCUUCCUGGGCACACCUCUUCCCCGGUGGCCCAUGCUCCCUGGGUGCUGCGCGGUGACCCAGAACCCUCUGUGUGGAGGGCCGAGCGUGUCCGGUGUAGACGCGUUUGUGUUGAGACCACAGACUUUGCUUCUUAAACCGUUUGUGGGCAACAGCGUCGGCCCCAGAAACUCUCUGACAGGAAGCCGCGGAGUAAGAAUAAAACCUUUGUGUGCAGAUUGCGUGAAACCCAGAACGUGGCGUGGUCCGGCAGGAGCCCCGGGGCGGGGCCCACCUCCAGGGAGCCACUCGGAGAGUCGCGCAGUGCCGGGAGGGUCCCUCCUCCAGAGAGGCGUCCGCAGGUCCCACGCAGCCCCCGGCCUGCCCCUCGGGCACGGCGGCACUGCGGGGGCGCUCGCUCUCCCGCCCGGCGGCCCAGGGCCCCGGCUUGACGUUGGCACGCCCUCGCUGCAACCGUGGGCGGCGCUGCCAGCUCAGACCUUGCCCCACUGGGCCGGGCAGGAUGCCACUGAACUGAGGCGAAAGUCGCCGUGCCACUGCAGAGCUUGCCAGAGAUCUUGGUGCAGUUAGGAUUUCGGGCAGCACAGAGGACUCUGAAGUGAUAAAUGGGCUUAACGUAGGACGCAAGAGGAAGAAAACCCUUCUAUUUUACUGAAAACAUUUUCCCAAAAGACCCGUUGGGAAGCUGCCCUUGCCUGCAGCCCCCAGCCGCCUUUCCUGCGGCCGGGGGGCGAGAUUGGCCUCCCCUCGGGCCGUGUGGGGGCUUCCCCCUUGUCCCUGAGCAUUUGAUUAAAAGUCUGCGUUUAAGAAGCUGAAGUCCACGUCGAUUUUACUUAUCAGCUUGAGAGGCGCUGAGAUUUAAAGGGGACCAGGGCCUCUGCCCGGCAGCCCCGUCCGUCUGUCCGUCCAUCCGUCUGGAGGGCUGGGAUGGUGGAGAAACUGCAGGUACGAGGGCACCGUGCGGCGUCCCGGGACCCCGUGGCUCCGGCUGCUGACAGACGGGGGGCGUCUGGCCUCCGUCACCCGGGCGGCCGCAGGGCCGGCGGGCGGGGGAUGGGAACGUGGGAAGUGGGUGUGGGCGGCGAGGUGAAAAUUGACGGCAGAGCCCGGCCUGACACGCCUCUGACUGAUGAAAGGGCGCUGUUAGCGAGCCUUUAAAGUUUCUCAUUAAUGUUUUUUUUCCCCCAUUGGAAAAAAAAAAAGCCACCAGGAAAAAAUUCCGCACGGGCAGUAAUUAAGACGGAUCCGUACAGGGUGGUGCCGGCGUUGCUGGGAGCCUUAAAACCCGCCUGCGCAAUGCCGGUGCUCGAGCUGCGUGUUCUGGGCCCUCGAAGCGCCACGCGGUGCGGGGAGGGUGGUAAGCGCGGCCCGGUUCGAGGACGUGCCGUGGUCGGCCUCUCGGGAACCCGUCCUCGCCGUGGCCGGGCGUGCGGAACGGAGCUGGCCAGCCUGGAGCGGCCCUGCCCACCCCGAGGCGGCCUGAGGAGCGUGUGCACGCGGGCUCUGUGCGGGGCGUGUGGUUCCAACCCCGGGAGAAGGCGGGACGUCUCCUCUCCUUGUUUCUGAGGCAGGUCGAACCACCCGCACCCCAUUGUACAUGCAACACCAGGCGUGCACAUGCUCACCCCCACCCCAGUGUACACGCAACACCACGCGUGCACACGCUCACCUGCACCCCAGUGUACGCGCAGCACCACGCAUGCACAAUCCUCACCUGCACCCUAGUGUUUUUGCAAAACGCCACGCGUGCACACACUUGAGGGUUUUUGUUAAGUCUUCUCAUUGCACGUCAUUUCUGUUUGGACCGUGAACACAAGCAGUGUGUGUGCUUCCAGGUUGAUUUGUUGACUUAUUUAGAAAACCCUGCUG